UCGUACAUCGUUCAACGCUCGAGUUGAAAUAAAUUUUCUAGUUUUUUAAAUUUUACAAAACAAAAAAAAAAAAAUCAAUCGAUCGCGAUGAUGAUACGCGAAUUGAUAGCGAUUUUCGUGCUCGCGAUGAUCAGCGAUCGUAUCCUGAACUCUCGCAGCGAGCUCGUAAACAACGAAACCAUCGACCUCGACGUCGACGAGGACGAGGGCUUCACCGUCGUCACGAAAAAACCGCAGAAGCCCAAGGCGCCGAGCAGCACCUACAACUACUUCAUCCUGUCGCUGAUGUGGCCGCAGACCAACUGCUGGUACGCCAACAUGGACUACGACUCGGGCGAUCUCGACUGCAGCCGCUGCGAGAACAUGCCGGCCGACCGCGGCGCCUGGACCAUACACGGCCUCUGGCCCGCCGUCGACCCGUACGAGGGUCCGGAAUUCUGCCCGGGCAAGCCCAACCAGCAGUACUCGGCGGCCUCGAUCUAUCCGUUCCUGCUCGAGGAGAUGAAUCGCAAGUGGCUGGCCUAUCGCUUCGGCAUGGGCAACGACGCGUUCCGCAGACACGAGUGGAACAAGCACGGCACCUGCUCGCUCGACAACGCGCACACCAGCACCGUCAACAAGUAUCUGAACACGACGAUGACGAUGUACGAGAAGUACGAGCCCAGCAAGUUCCUGCAGAUCGAGAACAUCGUGCCGGGCGGCCAGUACAAAGUGCGACAGAUUUCGGACGCCAUACAGAAGCAUCUGAAGGUCACGCCGGCCAUGCAUUGCAUGAAGAACGCGAAAACGCGCAAGCAGUACUUCCGCGAGAUCCACAUCUGUCUGGACAAGUCGACCCUCGCCCCGGUCGACUGCUACGAUCGUCUGGUCGGCAAUUGCAAUCGCAAGAUGCCCACGAUCUUGCCGAAGAACUUGGAUCCCUGUCUAGACAACAACGUCUUGCUGAAUUGAGCGAGCUUUUUUUGACGCGUUAAUUUACCAAAAAAUAAUAU